AUGAUGUUCUUCUGCCUCCUGCUUUUGUUUGUUUUUCGCAACGUCGUCGCAGAACCAGACGAUGAUUUGAUGAGCUUUGUUACGCUUCCGCACGUGCGAGCGUUGAAGCUCAACAUCGCUUACUAUGAUCGUGAAGCUGUAAGCCCGGGCUAUUGGUUCGUUGCGCCGUACGGCACGAUUGAUCCCGAGCCACCCACGCAGCAGUGGAAGCCGUGUCAAGUCGGCCCGUAUAUCUACGAUGCGGAUGGCGUUCUCGUCUGGGCUGGAUCAUGUAUGUUUGAAAACCGCGGGGUCUUCGACUUCAAGGCCGUGCCCAACAUCGAUGACCAGCCCCAUCUGUCAUUCAUUCUACAGCACGGAUACCAGGAUGCUGAGGAUAAAGGGCUUGGCUACGUGCUCGAUCAGCAUUAUGAGCCCGAGAAAGCAGUCCCGGUAACCAACGACCUGUCCGCGUUCAACAUGCACGAUUUCAACAUCCUCGACGGUGGAAAGACAGCCUUGGCCUGUGCAUAUAAAAGUGAAUGGAUGAACCUAGGGGAACUUGGACGACCGGAGGAAUAUGGCUGGGUGAUCGCCGGUGGCUUCGUUGAAAUGGACACGGCCACGGGGGCGGUACUUAACGAAUGGCUUUCGACCGGGCACAUCCCCAUUCAUGAGUCGGUUAAAGUACAUGAGGAUACUCCAGCCUCAGACCGGCCGGGAUGGGACCAUAUCCACGUGAACUCCAUCGACAAAAGCCCUGCAGGGAACUAUCUCCUGUCUGCUCGGUUCUGCAACACGAUCUACCUGAUCUCCGGAGAAGACGGACACAUUAUGUGGCGACUUGGCGGACAGUACUCGGAUUUCGACCAAGACUUCACGUUUUCCAAGCAGCAUCACGCGCGCUUCGUCGAAACCAACUCGACGCACACGACCAUCUCGUUCCUCAACAAUGCCUCGGACGAGCUCGAGCAGGAAGAGGACGUCUCCGCCGCCCUCUUUGUGCAACUAGAUUUCACCGCCUCUCCGUUGACGGCGCGUGUGAUUGGAAGAUACAACCGGCCCGAUAACGGACUCACGCGGUUGCGCGGCAGCGUCCAGCAAUUGGACAACGGCAACGUUUUUGUUGGUUGGAGUGAGCAGGGAUUCCAAAGCGAGCAUUCCCCGGACGGAAAGGUCCUGAUGCAGUCGACCUUCGCAUCGGGCCGCUUCUCAACCUAUCGAUCCUACAAGUACCCCUUCACCGGCCGGCCCAGCCAACCCCCGGACCUCGUGGCGUCCGUGUACGGCACGGAAGAAUCAGACCUCACGACCAUCAUCCACGUGAGUUGGAAUGGUGCCACGGAUGUGGCCUCCUGGAAUUUCUACGCCCGGGCCAGCCAAGAUGGCUCCCCCGAGCUGGUCGGCAACACCACGAAGUACGACUUCGAGACUAUGUAUAUAGCGGACGGAUACUUUGACUGGCUCUCCGCCGACGCCCUUGACCGCGACGGCAACGUCCUCGGUACAUCGUUCCUCCACCGCACCACCACCCCAGCGAAUUGGCAUCUGGCUGGUUUCCAGGGCGAUGAAGACCCAACGCCUGCCGACCCUGCAGCUCCAAGCGCAGCGGAAGAGGCAGAGAUGGAGCAAGCAUCCGCGGAGCAAGCAGAGACGGAGCAAAAGGAGCAGGAGCAGAAGGAGGAAGAAGAGGCACAAAAAGAAAAAGCCGAAGAAGCAGCCGCUCAAGCGGCCAUGGAUGCCGAAAAGGCCGCCGAGUCCGCCUUCCAAGCCUCCGAGUUUGUUCACGCAGUGGGAGGCUUGCUGAUUCUCAUCCUGGUCGCAUGCUCUGUUGGAGGAGUCGUCGCAGCGGUAGUUUGGAGUCUCCGACGACGACGUACGCAGGCUGCAUACCUUGAGGUGCCGUCCGAUGAACGGCCACAAAUGGAGGAGUAA